UUCGUGAAUAAUCAUAAUUUUCAUUCUUUACUAAAAUUUCGAAAUAAAAAAAAAAUCACAAAAAUUCAAUGCUCAACACAUCGUAUUACUGGGUGGACAUGAUUUUUUCGUUAUUAAUUGUAUAAUUGAUUGAUCGGCAAAUUCAAUCAAUCAAUCAAAAUAAAAAUGGCAAAAAAUACAAAUAAAUUGAAAAGUUUAUUCAGUGGAAUCAAUCGAACAGGUGAACAAUUGAUCAAUUCAGUAUUGAAUAAUACAAACAGUUCAAUUAAUUCAUCUGAAAGUGAUCUGAUAAAUCCAUCGUUAGAUGAAAAGGAAAGAAGUCUAAGUAUAGCAUCAUCGAUAAAUGGUAAUGAAAUGCUGUCAACAUCAUCAUCAUCAUUGGCAACCGAAGCUGAAGGUUUUCUAUGUCCACAAUGUUUUGCUGCAUUUCCAAAUGCUGAAAUAUUGACUGAACAUUUUAGUUCUGAACAUUCAACAUUUGGUGAUCAGAAUCUUUCUUUUGUCAAUUGUAAUCAUUGUCGAAUGCGUUUUACAAAUGAAUAUGAAUUAAAUCAACAUGUGGACAAAUAUCAUAAAGAAAAAUCACAAAAAUCAGAUGAACCAUUAAUCGCACAAUUAGAUCAAUCAACUACAAAACAAUUAACUGAUUCAUUUUCACAAGUAUUGAAAUCUGCCUUUAAUAGUACAAAUAAUCGCCAACAAGAUAUGGAAAAAAUGUUUACAAUGGAAGAAUUUGAUCUACUACAACGGCAACAAAAAGCAUUAGAAGAGACAAAAGAUUUGUUACUAAAUGAACUUUCAUUAUUACGAGAUUCAUUAGCAAAAAAAGAUGAACAAAUCAAUCGUUUGGAUAGAGAUUUUCAACAAGAAAAACAAUUACUUGUAACACAAUUAAAUGAAGCAUUUCAACGAGAGAAAACCGUAUUGGAAAAUCUAAAUACAUACAAAGAUCGAACAGCCAACAAAGAUGAUGAAAUGAAUCGAUUGAGAAAUGAAAAUGAAAACCUUCGUACUGAACAGCAACGUUAUAAAGAUCAAUUGAAGAAAAUAACCGAUGAAAAAAUGCAACAAGAAAAAUUGUGCCAAAAACUUCAAAAUGAAUGUGAUUCAAAUAGAAAAAUUUUAUUGGACAUGACUAGUAAAACAUCGGAUUCAUUAUCGGUGAUGACCAAUGAAAAAACUGAAUUGAUGAAUAAAUUACAACAAUUACAAUUAGAAAUGGAUUCAAUCAAGAAGCAGAAUGAAGAUUCAGAACGGCAUAUAAAAUGUUUACAAAUAAAAAAUUCUGAUUCAUCUGAAUAUGGAAAACAAUUGGAAAAAAUUGAGCAGCUACGAAAAGAAGAAUUGAAUGAUCAUCGAAACACAAUUAAACAGCUAAAAAGUGAUAAAUUAAAAUAUCAAAACAUAUGUCGUACUAGAAUUGAAACGGUACGAUCAUUGUUACGUGCCGAACAGAAUACGACGAAACAAAUGCGCACAAUAUUGGAACAAACGCAUAAAUAUAUCGAUAAUGCAAAUCAACAAAUCAAUCAAUUUGUUCAUGAUGAAUCUAAACGUAACAACGAAUUAAUGGAAUGGAAAAAUCAACAAAUUCAUCUAUUAAUCAAGGAAAAGGAUGAAAUUAGUUUAAAAAUUCAACAUCUUGAAGGAAAGAAUUGUCAAUUAAAUGAAAAAAAUUAUCAACUUGAAUCGCAAAUCAAUCAUAAUGAACAAGAACAAUUGAAAUUGAAUGAAAAAUAUCAAAAGGUACUUGAAAAAUUGAAAAAAUCACAACAGCAAACAAAUGAACAUGAACAAAUGAUACAUACAUUAAUGGAUACGAAAUCAACACUUGAAAUGAAUGUUGAGGAAUUGAAAUCAAUGAUGAACAAACAACGUGAUGAAUAUCAACAAAAAUCCGAUAAUCAAAUUCAAUCAUUGAAGAAAAUUAGUUCUGAUAUGCAGAAAAUACGAUAUGCUGUCCAGGAUAAAUGUUUGACAAUAAAAUCAUCAUUGAAUUGGUUACAGAAUUCCUGUAAAGAUUUGAGUGAAAAUCUUAAAGAUAUAACAAUUCCUGAAAUGAAAACAAGUGUAGAAUUAUUGGAAAAUGAUUUCACUAUAUUGUUUGUCACUAUUAAAAAUCAUUAUUCGGAUAAAAUUGAUGCCUUAACCAAACAAUUGGAAUCAUUAAAAAGUGAAAAUCAUGAAAUAACUAAAAUAAUAUUGCCUAAUAAGCAGAAUGAAUUGGAAAAAAUGAUCAAAUCGCAAUCAUCGUUGAAAUCGCUGGUUGAAUCAACUAAAAAUGAUUUGUUUGCUUUGCGUACAAAAGAACAGGAAAAUCAAAAAUUAAUUGAACGAUUACAGCAAACUAAACAAAGUUUAUUGGCCGAAAUUGAAAAGGAACGUGCUCGAUUUGAUAAUGUACAAAAAUAUCAUGAUCAAGUAUUAGGAGAAAAAUUGAAACUAGAAAUUGAAUUGUCAACAUUUAUGGAAGAGAAACGAGCACUAUUGGAACGUUGUGCAACGGCCGAAGAACAGCUUGAGGCGACAAUAGUUGAAAUGAAACAAAUUGUUAAAAAAUAUGAAGAAAAUUCUAAAGCAGUACAAGAAUUAGGUGAACAGAAUCAAACAUUACAGAUACGUUUAGAUGAAGCGAAUAAUAAAUUACGACGAUCAUGGACCGAUGAUCGUAUGGUGGAUAAAUGUCAGAAUGAUAAAUGUCAAAAACUAUUUACGACUGUCAUACGAAAGCAUCAUUGUCGUAGCUGUGGCAAUAUAUUCUGUAAUGAAUGUUCAUCAAAACAAGCACAGAUGACUGGACAUCCAAAACCUGUUCGUGUUUGUGAUCAUUGCUAUCAGGAGCUUAAUCAAUCUUGAUUUGAAAAUGAAAAAUUUUUCAUCAACAAAACAAAAACAAAACAUUAAUAAUGCCCUUUUCAUUCAUUUAUUUAUUAAUCAUAAUCCAUUCCGUUAAUGUGUGUAUACACACACACACAAACAUUUCACAAAAAAAAAUUUCAUUUGGAUUCAAUCGAUGAUGAUGGUGGUGG